AUGGGCUUUGCCUUUCCAGAUGAGUCCUCCCCCUCUAACUGCUUAAUAGCAGCCUGGUUGUCCACAUGCAUGAGGAUUGGCUCGUGGAUGACGACCACAAGCUCACCGAGUAGUUCGCUCAGCCCAAGCAGCUCACUUGCAACUUGUGAGGCCGCUACGAACUCAGCCUCUAUGGUCGAGAGUGCAACGGUGUUAUGUUUCUUACAAAACCAGCCGACCACCAUACCAUCGAUGCAUAGCACCCCUCCGCUCACAGACUUGCGAUCGACUCGGUCGGCCGCCCUCACCUCGGCCCCCUGCACUGAGCUGGCGUCAAUCUCCAGGCGCAGCUUGACGUCGACAGUACCCUUCAGAUACCGCAUGAUCCUUUUGGCGUUCCGCCAAUCUGACUUUCGAGGAGCAUGUGCACGCCGGGUCACACGGUGCACGGCGAACACAAUAUCGGGCUUUGUGCACCGCGCAAUCCACAGUAGGCUCCCCACAAGUGACUGA